AUGAGGUUUAAAACAUUCAAUCUUCCAAGGUUAGCCAGAAAUUCUUGUAAGACAAUUGGAAAAGAGAACCAAGAACUCAUAAAAAGGUAUAUUACAAUGUCUGAUUUCCAAAAAGAAAAGGUCGAAGAACAAGAAGCUCCUCAAAUCAUCAAGAUUAGAAUCACUUUAACUUCCACCAAAGUUAAGCAAUUAGAAAAUGUUUCCAACAACAUUGUCUUGAAUGCUGAACAACAUAACUUGGUCAAGAAGGGUCCAGUCAGAUUACCAACCAAGGUUUUGAAGAUUUCUACCAGAAAGACUCCAAAUGGUGAAGGUUCUAAGACCUGGGAAACUUACGAAAUGAGAAUCCACAAGAGAUACAUCGAUUUGGAAGCUCCAGUUAACAUUGUUAAGAGAAUCACUCAAAUCACUAUCGAACCUGGUGUCGAUGUCGAAGUUGUUGUCGCCAGCAACUAA